CGACACGAGAAGGAAAUCGGGGAGACAUAUAUAAGUGCUGGCCGUGAGAAAGUGACGUAAACUCUGCAUUUCAGUGUGUUGCAGAUUAAUCAGGUACCCAACAAAGUCAACUGCUAAUUUACCCAUCAGUUCACAGACAGUGAUCCGACAUGCGAACACAGUGGUGAUCAAAUCAAAAUUUAAACAGUUUGUAAGAGAAUAAAACCCAAAUCACAAAAAACAUUACACACUAUUACUAGAGGAAUUACUUGCUUUUGUUUUUAUAUAAAAACGUAAUAACUUAGGGCAUUCCCUUUUGAUAAAAUGUGUGAAUCAAGUUUUUUUAUUUUUAAUUUAAACACAAAUAUUCACACAACUGAGAAACCUUAUAUUUGUGAAGUCUGUAAAAAAUGUUUUUCGCAUUUAGGUCAUUUCAAAUCACAUAUGAGAACACACACAGGAGAAAGACCGUAUGUUUGUGAAGUAUGUAAAAAUUGCUUUUCAAAAAUUGAUAUUUUAAAAAAACAUCUGCGAGUACACACCGCAGAGAAACCUUUCAUAUGUGAAGUGUGCGAAAAAUGUUUUACACGAAUUGAUACUUUAAAAAAACACAUGAGAAUUCAUACUGCAGAAAAACCUUACAUUUGUGAAAUAUGUACAAAGGCGUUUUCACAAAUCUGUCAUUUAAAAGUCCACCUUAGGGUACAUACCGGAGAAAAACCUUAUGUUUGUGAAGUGUGCGAGAAAUCUUUUGCACAUGUUGGUAAUUUGAAGACACACAUGAUCAUACAUACUGCUGAAAAACCUCACAUCUGUGAAAUGUGCAAAAAAGGGUUUGCAUACCUAUCUGGUUUAAUGAUACAUCUAAGAUCACAUACUGGAGAAAAACCUUAUAUUUGUGAGGUGUGCGAAGAAGGCUUUUCAAUGAUGAGUACUUUAAAAACGCACAUGAUAACUCAUACUGUAGAGAAACCUUUUGUUUGUGAAGUCUGUAAAAAAGCUUUUGCACGCAUUUAUUAUUUAAAAAAACAUCUACGAACACAUACUGCCGAAAAACCUUAUGUUUGUGAAGUGUGCGAAAAACAAUUUGCAUUAUUUGAUUAUUUAAAAACACAUAUGGCGACACAUACAGCAGAAAAACCUUAUGUUUGCGAAGUCUGCGAGAAAGGCUUUGCACGACUGUAUCAUUUAAAAACACACUUAAGAAUACACACAAGAGAGAAACCUUUUGUUUGUGAAGUGUGUAAUAGAGGUUUUAAUCAUAUUAGUCAUUUGAGAACACACAUGAGAACACACACUGGAGAAAAACCUUAUUUUUGUGAAUUGUGCAAAAAAGGUUUUUCUAGAAUUAGUAAUUUAAAAUCACACAUGAGAAUACAUACUUGAGGAAAACCGUGUUUGUGAAAUCUGUAAUAAAGGCUUUGAACAAAUUGGUAAUUUAAGAAUGUUUCUGAUAAUACACAAUGCAGAAAAACCUGAGUUUGUGAUAAACAUAAAAAAGGUUUUAGACAAAUUCAUAGUUGAAAAAGACAUUUACUAACACAUACCUCAGUGAAACUUUCUAUUUGUGAUGUAUGUGAAAAAUGCUUUCCACUAGUAGUUUAAGAACACACAUAUUAUUAUGUAGGUACUGCAGACAAACAUGUAUGUGUAGUGUAUAGAAAAGAUUUUGCAUAAUUAGAUUAUUUGGAAAUGUUUCUGAGUAUAUGUAUCAUUGACUAGCUAAAUAAUGUGUUCUGAGAGCAGGAAGUCUUGGGAGUUUAGGAGUAGGUGCCACCACACGGCCUAUUUCGCUGUGAAGUUGUAAUGGGUUUCAGUUUGAAGGUUGAGGCAGCUGUUCUACUGUUAAAACUGAGAUCUUAGACCUCUCGCCUAAGGUGGGUAGUGGAAUUUACGUUCCAGUAGACUGGGCUCCGGCUACCAUUUAACAUCGUGUGGGCCUUAAGCAAAAAUAUAUAUAUAUAUCAUAAUAUCGUAGCUCCGAUAAAAUAGUGUAACAACACAAAAAGUUGAUGAGAAAAGUUCAGGAGAAACAAAAAAAUGUCCAACUAAUAAACCUACAUAUGAGUCGACUAUUAUCAAAGCCGGCAAUGUGACUUUUGGACAAUUAUUGGUAAAUCAGAA